UCCUCCCGCGCAGGCGCAGUGUUCCGGCACGGAGCCGGGCUGUGUCGGUUGUACCGGCUGCUGGGUUGUCUGCGUGAGCGCCUGCGCAUUGAGGGCGGUCCUCCCACGCAGGCGCAGUGUCCCGGCCCGGUGGUGGUGUGUGUGUGUCGGUUGCUGUGUUUCUGUCAGCUCCCUGUUCCCGGGGCCUGAGCACAGGCCGCUACCUGCGGAGACAUGUUUUCAGCACUGAAGAAGCUGGUGGGCACGGAGCAGGUCCCGGGCAGGGAGAGGAUUAUCCCCGCGGGCUUACAGAGCAUGAACCAGAGCCUGCAGCGGAGAUUCGCCAAAGGAGUUCAGUACAACAUGAAGAUUCUGAUACGAGGUGACAGAAACACAGGCAAGACUACACUCUGGCACAGACUGCAGGGCAAGAAGUUUGUGGAGCAGUACAUUCCAACACAGGAGAUCCAGGUCACCUGCAUUCACUGGAGCUACAAGACAACUGAUGACAUUGUGAAGGUGGAGGUGUGGGAUAUAGUGGAUAAAGGUAAAAGUCGGAAAAAAGGAGAUGUCCUGAAACUGGAGAAUGACCCACAAGAGUCGGAUGCAGAACUGGCUCUGGAUGCAGAGUUCCUCGAUGUCUACAAGAACUGUAAUGGCGUGAUCAUGAUGUUUGACAUCACCAAGCAGUGGACGUUCAGUUAUAUCAUGAAAGAACUCCCGAAAGUGCCAGACCACAUUCCAGUCUGUGUGCUUGGGAACCAUCGUGACAUGGGAGAGCAUCGGGUCAUCCUGCCUGACGAUGUCAGGGACUUCAUAAAGAGCAUCAACAGGUCGCCGAGAUCAUCCUAUAUUCGCUAUGCAGAAUCAUCAAUGCGGAAUGGCUUUGGCCUGAAGUAUUUGCACAAAUUUUUCAAUAUUCCAUUUCUCCAGUUGCAGCGAGAGACAUUGUUGAGGCAACUGGAGACCAACCAGCUUGAUAUCGAUGCCACACUGGAAGAACUGUCUGUACAGAAUGAAACUGAGGACCAGAAUUAUGAACUAUUCCUGGAGCUGAUGGAUAACAAGAACCGGGGUUUCAAUUCUCCCGUAGCAACCAAUGGCCAAAGCCCAUCCUCUGGGUCACAGUCACCUGUGGUACCCCUGAGCUCAGCAUCCACCACCAACUCCAGCCCUGGAACACCUCAAGCUCCUGUGCAAGCAUGUCCUUCUCCAUCAAUGUCCCCUCCUCCAGCAUUAGGGUCAGCCCUGACUGACCCAAACCUGGCCCCUGAGGUAUGCCCCACACCGCUCGGUGCUCCCCAGGUCCCCACCAGCACCCAGGCUGCACCGGUCACUCAGCGUCGCAGCUUCAUCUCACGACUGUUUGGCCCCUCCUCCACACCAGAACCUCCUGUUCCCAAGGCUGAUACCCCAUCUCCGAAUUCCGCAGAGGGAGAAGUGAAGAUGCAAAAUGUUGAUGACUUUGUCCCUGAUGAAGGAAUUGAUAAGAGUUUCCUUGAAGAUCCAAAUCCUCAGAAGGAAGGCCACAGUGGGAGACAACAGGAGAGCGACAGUGACGGAGAGCGCAAAGGAAAUCCAAUGGUCGCGGUUUUCCAGGAUGACCUCGAUCUCGAUGACCAGAUGCUGCAGGAUCCCUAUGUGAAAUCGCAGAUUCCCAGUAAAGACAUCACUCUGUCCAGUGAUGAAGAGGAGAGUUCAAAAGUCACCAUUCAUCCAGAUCCACUAAAACGGGCUUCCAAAGGUUUAAAAUCCCAGGGCAGAGCUCCAACCAAAGCCUUCGAGCAGGACCUUGGCAUCCGUUCAUCAACCAACCAACCAGAGCAUGUUAACAACAGAAAUCCAGCCUCCAGUUUACCUGGGAACAGUUUCCUAACUUCAGUCUCAUCUCUGGCCUCUCCGCUCAUCCCAGUGCCAGCAUCGCUCCAUGCUACUGAGGAUAAAGGCCAGAACAAACCAGCAAUGCAAGAAUAUAGGGAGUCAUCAGAGAGUGAUCUCGAGGGACCAAUUGCAAAGCAAUUGCUGUCUUUUGUCAUGGAUGACCCAGACUUUGAGAGUGAUGAUUCCAACAGAAAAAACACAGCCGAGGCAUUCCCAGUUCGAGAGGACAGCUCUGAACUCUCCAAUGAUGAACUCGGUCUCGGAAAACCCAGCGUGCCAGUGAAAGCAUCAAUCCGGCCCACAAUGCAGACCACUGACUUCGACCUGUUUGGCUUGGGCAUUGGUACUAAAACUCCUGCAGCUCCAGAAAGCAGCAAUGAAGAGAAAACCAGCAAGGGUUCCUCCAAAGAAAAGAAGAAGAAGAAGAAAAAACUUCGAGAGGAGGAUGAGAAAUUGGAGAAGAAGCGACACAAGCCAAGGAAGAAUAAAGAGAAGGAGAAAGAUGCAACAGAGGAGAGACCAAAAAAGGAGAAGCCAGCAACAUCUGACGACAAGAGGAGGAGGAAGAAAGUGAAGACCAAGGACAAAGCUGAUGAGGAUGUGGAGGAUUUGGAGAAGUUUCUAAUUGGCAGCGGUGAUACACGUGCUGUGAGGAGCAAGGGGAGUGGAGACUAUGAGGAACUAUAGACUUGGCCUGAAAUCUGCAUUGUCUUCAUAUUACUUCCCUGUUCCCUCACUUUAAAACCCCCCGUCUAACAUUGGCACAGACGUGUGCCUGAGCUUUGUGGGAUAAACUGUUAGUGCCGAGCUCUGGGGAUUCCACUCGACUCCCAUCCCAGGCUGAUUUUGUACAUUUCUAACUAUUUGUAGGCUGGCUGGUUUUUGAAGGUGUGCUGCUGUGAUGCAGGGCUGAAACUUGCCCCAGCGGCCUGGUUACUUCAAUCAAAUGAUCAGUGCCUCAACAGCCCGAGGGUCAUUUCCUUUUUCCAGUCUCUUGAGAAAUGAGUGGGUUCUGCAAAGUUUUUAGCCUUGAGCCACAGAGUCAAUGGUGAUCAGAUCCAAUCUGGUUUCAGGAUCCAUGAAACUUACUGCAGGCCACGGCUCUGCCUAUUGGCUCCGUGUAAUGCCCACUCCAUCCCAAUUCUCUACCAGUUACGUUGCACAGCACUGAUGAACAACUCCCACCUACCCCAAAAGUUUUGACUGCAUGAUAUUAAAACUUCUUGGAUAUCUGAGAGUUCAGGAUGCUUUGUCUGUUUCCCCUUCACCAUUCCCAAUGGUAGCCUUCCCUGGGAAAUGCGCUGGUCCUCUGCUGGAAGCAAAGACUGAUGCUAGUUGCUGGUCUCUCGCUACCUCAAUCGGGUUCCCAGCAUGUUUGGAAUGAGUGAGGAUCCACAUCUGAGCUCACUCUCAUUAGCUUCUAUUUCCAUCCUAUCGGUUAAAAAGUCACAGAAGUAGCUUGCUGUGACUUUGAAUUGAGUGAAAAGAAGAGCAAGUGUAAUUAAGGCAGGCUACAGUUGCAAAUAAAACUGUAAUGACUAGUG